UGGGAUCUAUCAACAGAAGUUGUAGAACAAAUUUAGUAAUGUGAGGGCCAAUAGGCUUGCUCCGUUAAACCAAUCAUAACCUUGCCACUGUCUUCACCAAUCACAUGGAUAGAUAGUAAGCUAAAAAUUCCCAACAUUACCACUCUAACUCUUAUUUAUAGAGCCAAAGUAGGUAUAUUUCUCAGACGUGGUAGUAUUUGCAUAAAGGAACGACACGGAGACAAGUGACUCAGUCAAACAUGUGCUGGGAAAGGAUAUUUUGAGCACGUCGAUAAAGAGACUAUGUAGUGAAGUGCAGCUGUUUGGGCUUCCUGUUUCUACACAAAAUUGAGAUCUUUAACAAGACUUAGCUCAUUCUUCAAUAGUUUUCUCAGAUUGGUGACAUUCAACUGCUACUGUUGGCUUCAUCAAAAGAAUCAAAACCAAUGUCUUUGUUAGGUUUCAAAGUCAUUGCUGGAUUYAUUCUCCUAUCUAUGUUUGGCACGACGAUUACGGAUAACUGCAAAUCUACUAGCGAAAUUAAAGUCUGUAAAGGUGAUUCGAAAGUUCUUACACCCAGUGCCAAUUGUAAUAUAAAUAAUAUAGACAAGGACACAAGUAUCAAGUUAAAAAAUUCAAGAACUGGACAUAAAUGGGUAAAGGUUGACAUGACUCAUGAUGUGAAUAAGUAUGAGAGAAACAGCACACUGGUCGAGGUGAAAAAYAUAGGAGAAAAUGACACUGGCUUAUACAGAUACAGAAUUGCGAAGUCUGCUGAAAAAUGUUGCGUAUCACUAGCAAUCAUAUGCGAAUACCUCGUAGUACCAUCUGGAUCUAGUGUUAAUCUAAUUUGCAAGGUCAUAGAAGAUGGGACAGAGCUACGAAAAGGYCUUUUAAAAAUGAAAUGGAAAUUUAAAAACGAAUCUGUGGACUUAACAUAUAGCAACGGGACAAAUGUGUUUCUUGAACAAUUAAAGAAAAUCAAUUCUGGAAACUACACAUGCCGUGGAGAGAAAGAAAAAUAUGUAUUGGGAUCAAGUCGAUGGAAGGUUUAUACAUUCGUUCUCGAAGUAUACGAUCGUGAGCCCCAAUUGAUUGCGACCACCAAAGAAACAUCGCAGGAGAAGCAAACUUCGCGAUUUUCCCUGCCUACAGUUGUUAGUGUACCAGAUUGCAUGACGAGGAAGGAAACAACACCUACGUCUACUGUGCACACGGAUACGACAAAACAGAAAACAACUAAUGUGCCGAAUUCCACAAAAGUGAAGCCAAAGAAAACACCAGAUACAAGGUCAAAGACAGAAGAAACUCUGGUYCCGUCCACAAAAGAAGUCAUUGCUGUUGUGUUCAAAAAGAGGGGAGAAAAAGACAACAGACCAAGUAGCGUUGGUACGAAAGCAAAUUGGRGAUUUUUUGCUUUGGUAUUGUGUCAGUUAUAUAUUUAUGGGAUAUAUACUUCGAUUGCUUGUUAACCAUAUGCCUUAACUGAGAUAGCGACUCUGGUGGAUUCUGGUGGCGGCAGCCAAKAUCCGUGGAUUCCGUAGUACCGAUUCUCUCGCAAAGUAGUAAUUGCUGAAAUAUUAGAUYAGUAGGUUUUAGAAAAAAAACUUUGAACAUAAUUGCAUAGGAUACGCCUAUGAAAAUCAUCUUUAAUAAUCUCUGAUUAAAUCUUAAUGAUCGAGCUUGGAUUUCUUAUGARUUACAUGCCGUAUCUACACAGACCAUCAUGACUGAAAUAGAAUAACAAAUGGUAAAAAAACGUACACAAAGAUUUACAUACUAUGAUUGCAAAGAAAUAUGAUAUCCUUUUAGUUUUAAGACAAAAUGUAGCACAUGUCCAAACUAUAACAUAUCAAGGCUCGACUAAAAUAUGAGUCUACCAAAUAUAUAGCCUGCGACACAUCAGGAAUUUUCUUCAGACUCCGAAAGAAAAAGGCCGGAUGGAACUAAGGCCCCGUYCACAYGUGUCCGGAAAUUUUUGUGUCCGUAUCCGCAAAUUUUAAGAAAACAUAUACGUGUGGACGGUGAAAACGAUUCGAAAACGAUUMGAAUACGCUGCGUGUGGACGCAAACAUUUUCGUAUCCGCAAAAAAUAAUUUGCGGAUACAAAAAUUUCCGGAUACGUGUGGACGGGGCCUAAGGCUACCUAAUAUAAAGCUCAGAGGAUAACCGGAAUAUACCCAUAGUAUUUCUGGCCACAGUUCUUCAUUCACGCGAAUUCAAAUUUUAAGCAACAACGACAACAACAACAAAAAUAAAAUAAAAUAAAAUCGAAACUGAUUAUGAAUUGUGAAUAUUAAAAAUUAAAUUCGUAGCGAUGUUAAAAACAAUUAGCUAUUUGUUUAUACUUUUACUGAGACAUAUUCCAUGCUGUUCGUUUUAUAUUAUCUCAACAUUCAUGAACAUUCUGGCUUUAUUUCCCGUCGAGUUCAGUGAGACGCUUGCAAAUUUAGUUAAUAAGUGCRCAUAUUAUGAAUAAAAGGGUCUACUGCUGUUUAUUAAUAAUAAAAAWUWUUUAAUCAGGAUACAAACGUCACUAAAAGUGAUUUACAGUAUGGUCACUCCUGCAUWAAAAAAAAAAAAAAAAUUCUUGAUUGCCUAUAGUUUUUGUAUAUUUGAAAAAAAUAUUCUUGAUUGCCUAUAGUUUUUUUUAUAUUUGAAAAAAAAUAUUCUUGAUUAUCUUUCCCGUCGAGUUUAGUGAGCCGACGCUUGCAACUUUAGUUAACGCGUGCGCAUCUUAUGAAUAUUAAGAAUAAUAAAUCUUUAAUCAGGAUACAAACGUCACUGUGAUUUAAAAGUGAUUUACAGUAUGGUCACUCCUGCAUAAAAAAAAGUUUUUUGUUAAAGUUUUUUUUAUAUUUAAAAAAUAUAUUGAUUAUCUUUACGUAGUAGAUGCUCUAUCAGUGACAUGUAUAUAGAUAAAAGCUUCGCGAGAUAUAAAAAUACAUUGCUUUAAGAAGUGUUUGUAUUAUUAAUUUUUGUUUCUGACCAGCAUCGAAGUAUUUGUACCACAUACACUACAGUAUACUGGUUUUUUGCACAGACAGCCUAAGCUCUGCUUUCUGACAGGCAUGGAGCACAGGUAGCCCAACCUUGKUUUCUGUGGUGUMAUGUUAUUAAGGAAAUGUAUGGGGAUUCAUCAAAAAUUUCAAUAAAGGAARGAAGUAAGGAAGGAAGGUUCUUUAUUUUAUCACGGUAAAAACAUCAGUCGGUUACCUAAAAAUAUUUAAAAGYAAAGAUUUACAAUUAAAAAGCUAGUUACUGUUUUACAUGUUUGCCGUGGAGCCCUUAGUUACAACUUUUCUUACUGUACAAACUAUCAAUUUCCUUUUUAAAUUUUCGUACUGAUUUGACCUCUUUUAUAUUUAAUGGUAGGUCAUUCCACAAUUUUGCCCCACUAUAGCUGUAUGAUCGUUUUAGAUAUUUAGUGUGUGGCUUAGGUAUUGACAGUUUAUGAUCAUGAUUUCGAAGGUUGUAUUAAAUAUGGUAGUCGGAGAAAAGGUUUUGUAAGUAAACUGGUGUACGUCCCUGCAUCGUCUUAAACAUUAGUUUAAUAAAAUCAUUGAAACGURAAAUAAAGCCUCAAAAUUUUACYUACUA